AUGCCUCGAAAAAGAUCGAGAAGUGCUGUUUCUUCUGAAUCUGGAAGUGAAUCUGAAUCAUGCACCACAGACGAUGAUGAAAAUUGCAUGAUACCAAAUGCAGAAUAUUCUGGUUCGUCAGAUUCUGAAAAUGAUUCAGAUAGUGAUUCAGAUAAUUACCGUGAUGAAAAAAUACCGAAAGCUACUUACAAGAGAGUUUCAAAAAGUUAUCAAGCUGAUCAAGCUAAGCUUGAAAAAGAUCAUAAAUUUGAUUGGGCCAAAGAUAAAGAUCGACAAGAUAAGGCUUGGCGAGUUCGUGCUUUGUUGAAACUGUUUCAAAAGAAUAUUCUGAAGUUUGGCUUUUGGAAAUCAGCUUUAUCAGAGGAUGAAAUGAUGGCUAAAUCGUAUGCUAGAACGUGUUUGAAACAGUUUAUACGAGGAAAACCUACACGAUUCGGUCUUAAAUUUUGGAGUUUGUGUGCUGCUAAUGGAUACUUAUUCAAUAUAGAUUUAUACUGUGGAAAGAACUCUGUAAUAGGAGAUAAGUUAUCUAAAUGCGCGUUAGGAUCUCGCGUGGUUUUACAUUUAUUGAAGCCUUUUUUUGAAUUGACUUCUGAUGCAAAAAUUCCUCUUUAUCAUCUUUAUUUUGACAAUUACUUUACAAAUUUGGAUCUUGUUGUGCAUUUAAACCGAUUAAAAUUGAAAUGUACUGGAACUGUUAGAGACAAUCGUGUCCCAGUAAAAAAUGUCAUUCAUAAAAAGGCUCCAUGUGGAACAUAUGCAGUAAAGCAUGAAAAAAACUCUGGAAUCAAUUACAUCACGGUUAUGGAUUCAGAGCCAGUAUCAAUACUAUCUACAGCUGCAGGGGUCAGUCACUCCAUUAUCAUCAGCAAAGAGAUACUAUACAGUUCGAUCGAAAAAGAAAAAGUCGAUAUACCAGUUCCGCAAGCUUUUCACCUUUAUAAUCAGUCCAUGGGUGGACUUGAUGUACACGACGGUCACUGUAACAAUUUGUUGCCAAGUAUUCGUUUAAAGAAGUGGACGUGGGUGGUUUUCAUUAGACUUAUCCAAGCAGCAAUUACAAAUGCAGUUGUAAUAUUCAAUACUGCUGAUGAUAGUAAAAAAAAAGUUGGAACUAAAGAAUUUACAAUAUCAAUAGCGGAAAGUUACAUUCAUGAUGCUGAAAAAAAUAAGGAAAAUGCAUGCAUGAAAGCAAAGCAUGUCUGA